UCCCUCCAUGCCCUUGGCUAUUCAGGGGCACCCCACAGCCCAACACCCCCCUCUCCAGGCACCAGGAGGAUGCGGGGAGGCCCAGGCUCCCACUCAGCAUCACUUCCUACUUUCACUUUGGUGCCGAGCAUCGGCCUUGCCUGGGGGAGUCGAGUGUCCCCCAGGCCCUCAUUACACAGGUACAAAAGGAGAAGCCGGCGGGCGCAGGGACACACCAGGGUCACCCCAGCACCCAGCAAGCACCUCGGGGCACCCCACAGCUCCUGGGCACAGACCCCCAGGGACAGCCAUGGCAGCGGAUGGGGAACUCAACCGCAUUAUCAAGGACCUGCAAAGGACUGUGGCUGAACUGAACCACUGCUACAGGGAGCAGAACCUGCCAGUGACAGACGGGAGCCGGGAGCUGCACAGCCUCUGUGCCCAGCUGGAGUUCCUCCUCCAGUUUGACCUCAAGGAAAAGAAGAGCUUCUUUGGGCAGCGCAAGGACUAUUGGGACUUCUUGUGCCAGGGCCUGGCACAGCGCCGGCAGGAGCAUGAGGGCAUUCGCUUCGUCACCUCCCUGGACAAGCUGAAGACCCCAGUGGGCAGGGGCCGAGCCUUCCUGCGGUACUGUCUGGUGCACCAGCAGCUGGCAGAGUCCCUGCAGCUCUGCCUUCUUGACCCUGAGAGCCUUCGUGAGUGGUACUACGCCCGCAGCCCCUUUCUGAGCCCCCAGCACCGGGCAGAGAUCCUGGGCAGCCUGUACGAGCUGGACUGUGUCACCUUCCACCUGGCCCUGUGCAGAGAUGACCUGGACACUGCCUGGCCCAUGUUCUCUGAGACACUGGUACGACCCAGCUUGGUGACUGGGAGCAGCCUGGCAAAGACAGCCCCACAGGCAGAUGAUACUGACACCAGGAUGCAUGGAUGGCCUGAUGGCAUCACCCAUUUCACCACAGCACCCUGUAAGGUGCCAGCCUACCCGUGUUCACCCACCUUGGCUGCCCUGGGGGCAGGCAGUGUAGAGGUGGAGGAUGUGGAAGGGAAUGUGGAGGGCAUGGAAGGGAAGAAGGAUGUGGAAGAGGAAGAUGAGGUGGAGAAGGAUGAAGAUGAGGAGGUGGAAUGGGAUGUGGAUGUGACAUUAGAGCAGGAUGUGGAAGAGGAGGAUGGAAAGGAAUUUGAGGAGGAUGAGAAGGAGGUGGAGGAUGAGAAGGAGGUGAUGGAUGAGGAGGACGUGGAGGACGUGGAGGUAAAUGUGAAGAAGGAUGUGGAAGUAAAGGAGGAUGUGGAAGAAGAUGAUGAAGCGGAGUUGGACAAGGAUGAGGAGGAGAUGGAAAACGUGGAUGCAGAGGAGCUGGAGGACACACACAGCACUGGCAAAGCACCCCAGUCUGAUGGCGACAGGGAUUCCGGCGCAUCACCACCACCCAGCACAGGGUGCGCGCUGGGCUCCCUGCCACCAGAGCCCAGGCAGCCGGGUGGGACAGAGGAGUCCCUGUGGGCACUGGUGUCCCAGCUGCGGGCUGAGCUGGAGCAGUGGAAGGCAUCGUCCCAGGCUCUGGCAACGCGGCUGGCACGGGAGGAGAGGCGGCACAGGCGGCAGGAGGAGGGCAGCGCACGGCGGGCCCGGCUGCUGGCACGUGAGGCCGAGGCUCUGCGGGACACCAACACCUUCCUGGGACAGGCACUGGCGGCAGCGGUGGGAGCGGGGGGGUCGGGGGCGCUGGCACAAGCACAGGAGGAGGCACGGGUCUGGCGGGAGGUGGCAGAGGAGCAGGGCGCCCAGCUGGCCACGGCACAGGCAGAGGUUGCAGCGGUGUCCUCGCACCUGCGGGAAUGCCAGGCGGCGCUGGCAGCAGUGGGACAAAUGGACAUGCCAAAGGAUGCCGGUGCCCCAGAUGAGGUGGCUGCCAUGGAAGAGGUGCUGCAGCGGGCACUAGAGAUCGCCUGUGGUCCCCAGGAGUCCCUGCCAGAACAACAAGCAGAGGGGGAGCCCAGCACAGCCAUCAGCAUGGCCAUGCGCUUGGCCACCCUGGCCGCAGCAGUGCGGGAGGAGGCCUGGCAGAGCCAGCAGCAGCUCCAGGCCAAGAGGCAAGAGGUGGCCCAGCUGCAGGAGCAGCUCAGCAGGGCCCGGCAGGAUGGCGAGCGCUGGGCAUCGGCUCUGCAGCGGGCGCAGCGAGAGGCUCUGGAGCGGGAGGCCACACGUGGUGCGGAGCAGGCACGGCAGCAGGAACUCAUCCGGGACAUGAAGGGGCGGCUGCUGGAGCUGCUGCGGGAGAAGGAUGCCCUGUGGCAGAAGACAGAGGGCAUCAACACUGCAAUGCCCAGCACAGCACCCCGCGAUGCAGGGCUGUGCACCCACUGCCACAAGGAUUUCCACCUCCUCUCCCGGCGGUACAACUGCAGGUUAUGCCAGGGUAAGGUAUGCCACGCAUGUUCUGUGGACGUGGGCAAGCAGGGACGCUGCUGCCUGCUUUGCUACCAGCAAAGGCACUCACAGGCUGUAUGAGUCAGGACUGCAACCCUCACACUGGGCCUGGGAUACCCGCUGCCCUGACUGUCUCCUCUCCGACUUGCUGGGGACCAAAGUGCCCAGGGCCUGCAGGCAGGUCCGGCUGCCUGACUUCCCAGGUUGAGAUGUGUCUUUCUUGUGGCUGGUCUGCACAGAAGAGAACAACACACUCCUGCUA